GCUACGGCCUCUUUUUUUCUCUUGUGCGAGAGCACAAAGUGAAUCACUUCAUACUCUUCUCGACCCAGGUGCAGCAGCUAUGGUGAAGUACUCAAAAGAGCCUGACAAUCCCACCAAGUCCUGCAAAGCCAGGGGCUCAGAUCUCAGAGUCCAUUUCAAGAACACGAGGGAGACAGCACAUGCCAUCAGGAAGCUGCCUUUGGCCAAGGCUAAGAGGUAUUUAGAAGAUGUUCUGGCUCACAAGCAGGCCAUACCUUUCACGCGUUUUUGUAGGGGUGUAGGACGAACUGCUCAGGCAAAGAACAGACAUUCAAAUGGACAAGGACGUUGGCCUGUCAAAUCUGCUGGAUUCAUACUCGACUUGCUUAAAAAUGCUGAGAGUAAUGCCGAGGUGAAAGGUUUGGAUGUGGAUACACUUUACAUAUCUCACAUUCAGGUUAACCAGGCACAGAAGCAGAGACGCCGCACGUACCGUGCCCAUGGAAGAAUCAACCCCUACAUGUCUUCCCCCUGCCAUAUUGAGUUGAUCUUGUCUGAGAAGGAAGAGCCUGUUAAAAAAGAGCCCGAGUCUGAGUUGGCAACUAGCAAAUCCAGUAAGUCUCAAGCUCUGCGAAGUGGUGCAUCCUCUUGAACAACUUUGAUACAGUCCGUAGCUUAAGAAGUUUUUGAGUCUUCUCGCUCUUAUCCUGCAUUUCUUUGGAAGAUUCUGUUCCAUCUCUUUUUUCCCCCCAUUAAAUACUCGAGAAAAUGCAUGGCUUGGCUAUUUUGUCAAAAUGCUUUUAUUUGUAAACAUUGUUGAUUUCUUUGUUGAAUGUGUCAAUUGUGAUGGAUACAUACUAAUGGAAAAGAGAAAAAUAAAAUAAAAGAAAAAUGAAAUGGGUCUUUCAUA